ACAUAGUGUACACUAUUUCCUUUGACCUAAACCUCAUAAACCCUCUCUUACCUCCACACACACAUUACUAUAUAUUUAUAGGCUAAAUAGAUACGUAUAGAGAGAGAAAGAGAGAGAGAGAGAGAAUCUAGUGUAGAGAGAUAAAACAGAAAUGGCAAGUCCGAGCCAGUUCCCGGAUGACUUUCGGUGCCCGAUUUCCCUUGAAAUUAUGUCCGACCCGGUUAUUCUCUCGUCGGGUCAUACCUUUGACCGUUCAUCAAUCCAACGGUGGCUUGACUCCGGUCACCGGACUUGCCCGAUUACAAAGCUGCCCAUAUCCGACCCGGUUUCUCUAAUCCCUAAUCAUGCACUUCGUAGUCUCAUUUCCAAUUAUACCCUCGUCUCUUUCCCUAAACCACUAUCUUACCCUGAACCGAAGUCCCUUAUUCAAACCCUUAUUGCUGCUUCUUCGCCGUUGGAUUCUAAGCUCAACUCGCUUGACAAACUCAGUAAGCUUUCCAAGCGUGACUCAGCGAUCCGACGGAAGCUCACUGAGUCCGGGGCUGUUUCUGCUGUGCUGAAUUGUGUUGAUUUCGAUGAUGAUUCGGGUGGUUUUCAGGAGAAAGCGCUUCAUUUGUUGUUGAAUUUGAGCUUGGAUGAUGACAACAAAGUGGGUUUGGUAGCUGAAGGGGUUGUGGGGAAAGUGGUUGCAACGUUACGGAGAGGUACCGGAGACUCGAGGGCGGUGGCCGCCACGGUUUUGACGAGUUUAGCGGUGGUGGAAGUGAAUAAGGCAACAAUUGGGGCAUACCCAGAUGCGAUUCUUGGGUUAAUUUCACUUCUUUGGGGUGGAAAUGGUAGAGAGAGAAAGGAAGCUGCUACUGCUCUCUACACUCUCUCUUCUUUCCCGGACAAUCGGGUUCGGGCCGUGGAGAAUCGGGCUGUUCCAAUACUGAUUCAGAAUGCUAAUUCGGGCCUGGGAAGAGCCGUUGAGGUAUUGGGAUUGUUAGCAAAAUGUAAAGAAGGUCGUCAAGAGAUGAUCAAAUUUGGUGGACUAUUGGAAAUAUUGAUAAAAUUCUUGAAAAAUGGGUCAUCCAGAGCUGUGCAAUAUGCUCUAUUGACUAUCAGUUUGUUGUGUAAUUACAGUGAAAGGAUGCGUGUUUUGGUCGUAAGAGAAGGGGUGUUUGAGAUUUGUGUUGGCUUAUUAGAAGAUGAUAAUGAGAAAGUGAGAAGGAAUGCUAAUAGCUUGAUUCAAGUUUUGCAAGGAAAAAGAUUAAGUCUCUGAUUGAUUAGGAAACUAAAAAAAAUGUGAAUUUGGAAAGUGUUGAUUUUGAUGGAUUAUGAAGAAGGUGAGUUGGGUGUCCUCAAAAUAAUUUUUGUUUUUCUUGCAUUUGUACAAAAACUGUAGAAUUGUAGGGGGAAAAUGUGCAUCUCUAUUUCGUUAUUUUGGUUUAUAUUUUUAAAAUAAAGAUGACAAAAGAAAAAAAAAAACAAUGGUUCUCUCAA